AUGUUCCAACACCGCCUCGUAGUUCGCUACACACAACUCUCUCGAGUGGUCUCCCGCCGUCACAUUUAUCCCAGCGAACACCAACCAAUUUGCAUACGCCCAAGUUCUCCCUCUCGCCAAUCCUCGCGGCUACGAGAUCGCAUUUCCAUAAGUUCGACUCACCGUAAUGGUGGUGUUUCUUUCUUCGGACCAAUUACUGCCCUACACGCCAGACACAAACGAACUCUCUUAUGCCGAGAACUGAGCAGCGAACAGCUGUCAGUCGCCUCCUGCAGUUCCUCGCAAUGUGGCCCUGGCCACCGCACCUAUAACAUACGACCCCACUACGGGGGCUGGGCCCUGAAACGGUCUAUCAUCACUGGCGUGGACUGUGCAGCGGCGACUACCGGUUCUCUCACCUCAGAGCUGUCUUUCAUCACGGUCCAAACAAUGGGACGGAACGGGUUGGCCUGGCACCGCCUACUUCCGGAAACACUCCUCAGCUUAACGACAGCUACAAUCCAGCUACAACAACUCCACAGAUCUUUGCACUCAAAUGUUCCAACACCGCCUCGUAGUUCGCUACACACAACUCUCUCGAGUGGUCUCCCGCCGUCACAUUUAUCCCAGCGAACACCAACCAAUUUGCAUACGCCCAAGUUCUCCUCUCGCCAAUCCUCGCGGCUACGAGAUCGCAUUUCCAUAAUGUGCGCGGACCUCUGCCGCACUUGGAAGAAGAGGAGUGUCAGGGUGACCACCAUCAGUGGAGAAACACGAAGGUGUUGCGGGGUAGGCGCGGUGAACAUCCGUACAAGAACUGGAAAUUCGACACUAAAGUCCGGCUGGUCGAUCCUCAGAGCUGCACACACUGGGGCCCUCUCCUGA